AUGUCCAACAACCACACAGAAGACUCGGAUGGGGGGCAAGGGACGGGCAGAUCGUCCAAAAAGAGGCAAAAACGGCAUCCCAAGGAGCCCUAUCCCAAGGAGCCGGACGAGUAUGCCAAAACAAAAGCGCUUCUGGGAAUGUUGCCCGGCACGCGGAGCAUUGCCUGCCAAACGAGGCGCGUGCCCACCCGCACCGAGGACUUGGAUUAUCUUGCUGCCUUUGGAAACAGCAUCAUGGCCGAAGUUGCCAGGCUCGAUGUGGUUGGCGCCGAUAGCGCCAAGUCGGACUUCAUCUCGUCCAUCAGCCACGAACUUCGCUCGCCCCUUCACGGCAUUCUUGCCUCGGUCGAGUUUCUCCAGGAUACGACAGUCGACAUGUUCCAGCAUAGUAUGGUUGACACCACCGAGCGACGUGGGAGGACGCUGCCUGAUACGAUCCAGCACGUGUUAGAUUUUGCAAAGAUCAACAACUUUACUGGAAGUAGUACGAGAGAAAAAGAGAAGACACGAGAAGCUAAGGAAGCUGGCGUACCAUUAUCACCCGAAGCAGAAAACUCGCGCCUAGCUGUGAACGUCACGGGUUUGGCUGUCAGUGUCGACCUCAGCUUGCUUACCGAGGAUGCCAUGGACUCGGUGUUUGCCAGCCACGAAUUCUCUCAGGGCAACUUCUCGCGUCUGGUUGUGGCUGGCGGCGAGACCGGAUUCCCAAAGGAAGGCCUCCGGAGGACUGGCGCCCACGACGACGGCGACGACCCCCCUGGUCCUAAAAAGACACCCAAUUGGACGUACAACACUAAAUCCGGGGCGCUGAGGCGAGUUUUGAUGAAUCUCUUUGGCAACGCCCUCAAAUAUACGGACAGCGGAUGGGUCAAGGUUUCUCUCAAAGCCCAAGACAUCGAGCCAACGGCGCCACUAGAACUAGAGAAGUCUAUCAUUACAAUCACUGUCAGCGACAGCGGCAGAGGAAUCGAGCAGGAGUACUUGCACAGUCGCCUGUUCACCCCCUUCACCCAGGAGAACCACCUGAACCCCGGAACCGGGCUGGGGCUGUGCUCCAGAUUUUCCGAGACAUACGUUGCUAUGAAACGGGCCGCGGGCUCAAAGCUCAACCCAGAGGCCUCCAGGAGGAGGGGUCGAUCGAAGCCGCAGCCAGCCACCGGUUUGACAUGA